CAGUGGCGACGACUCCGGGUUACCUGUCUCUGCAGCGCCGCUGCCCUGCGACCCGUCGGACAAAGCCUUUGAUGGCGCAGCGGCGCAGGCGGCGCGGAUGGAGGCGAUGCGGUGGAUGCAGCGAGGGGCGGCGCCCGGUCCGCGGGGGCGGCAGCAGCAGCAGCCGCAGAAGCAGCAGAAGCAGCAGAAGCAGCAGCAGCAGCAGGCACAGGCGCAGGCACUGCCUCCGGCGGCACCGAUGGGGCGCAAGCUGCUCCUGCGGGGGCCAUGA